CCUCCCCGGGGUCGUCCUCGUAAAGAGAGCCGGAGGAAAUCAGUAGAUCGCAAAGGGAUCUGAAGCGAUCGCUUGCUGAAAAUGCCACUCGGGUCGGAGGGCUGUUUGGGGAGGGGUGGCAGCAAGCUACGUGGCUGGAGUGACGGCCGGCGAGGCGAGCGGCUGGAGCAUGUGAGGAGCUGCCCGAGGGAUCACUCGUAUUUUCAUUUCAGCUUCUUCAGGUGAAACACUACUGACUUGUUACUUCAUGGCUACCCUGACGUUUUAUCAACAGGACAAGGGAGCUGCACAACUCAGGAUGCUCCUGCCCUGGUCUGUGCCUUUAGAAGUGUGACGCUCGUCGGUGCUGGGUGCCGGACAGGCAGGAUCGGUCCGCAGCCAAGAUGGUGGCGUUUAACUGGAAGGCUUUGGAGAAUUUCCCACUGCUGAUGUACAUUUUGGCAGCUAAAACGUUGAUUCUUUGCUUAGCGUUUGCUGGCGUAAAAAUGUACCAGAGCAAAAGAAUUGAAGAAAAAUUGAAGAGGGAACGUGAAGAGAAAUUGAAAAGAGAAUCAGAGAAGAAGGAUGAUUGAAGAGUCUCUCAGAUUUUCUGACACUUGGCAGCUUGCUUGGAUUCCUUUCCUGGGAGAACGAAGGCUUCCCGUAGAUGAAGGAUGUGUCAAAGGAAUAAAACCCUCAAGAGUAACAUUCACUUAAACUGUAUCUCAACUUUUUAUACGUACAGCAAAAUAUCUAAGCCUCUAUUUAUGCAAUAAAAAAAAACUUUGUAA